GCUAAAAUAAACCCUCUGAGGUAACCACCCGAGGCAUCUUGGGAUGAGUUUUAUACAGACUGUUGCUUCUCUGCCGAGGAGUGUCGGGAGUGGAUCAGCGAAGCAUCUCAGCUCCGGGGCGAGAUCAGCAGCCUACAGCCGGGCAGGAGACACAGUUUGUGCUGUGGUCUCACACGUCUGUGUCCGUCAGAGGAAGGCGAUGAUGAUGCAGCUGAGCCUGGAUGACCUGACUAAACAAAGGAUGUUACAAGCUAAAGCCCUGUCCAGGGAAGCCAGAGGAGGGGGUCCUAAUCUGGGCAAGAAGAUCAGCGUUCCAAAGGAUGUGAUGAUAGAGGAGCUCAACCUUCCCAAUAAUCGAGGCUCUCGCAUGUUCCAGGAGCGACAGAGGAGAGCCGAGAGGUUCACGCUGGAGAACAGCACCAAUGCUACUCACGACACAAACAAUGUCCACCUUGACGACAUUCUUUCCUCACACCUCACCCCAGAACCAGAAGGAGGAAAGGAGAACCAGGCUUUCUCCAUCCCUGGCAAACAUAGUCUGGUCAUGAAUCUGCAGAAGACUGUAGCGAAGAAGGGCUGCCCUGACGUCCUCGCCCCAGGAUAUUGUGGCCCUCUGAAGAAUAUUCCCCAUGAGAAGUUCAAUGCAACAGUAAUCCCCACAUCCUACUGCUCCCCAUGGAGGGAGGCCCUGGGAAACAACCAGGAGCUCCUGGCUGACCUCAAUACCCAGCCACCGCAGCUCCCACACAGGCUGCAGCCGGACAACUACAGGUGCUUCAACAGAUCGCCUAUGCCCUUUGGGGGAGCUAUGGCCAGCAGGAGGGUGGUACCAGUGAUUGGCUUUGAGGCUGUGGAAUCCCAGAACCUUCCCGGUGUCGCUCUGGACCGCAUGUGUCAGCGACCCAACUUCAACAGAGCACCCAGAGGAUGGGCACUUGAUUACUGUCCUGAAUCUAAUGAACUAUGAAAGAGACAAACUGAAGCACUGACAUGUUUUGUCAAGAUGGUGAUGCUCUUGUAAAUCACAGACCAGUGCAGGGGAAGGAAAAUGCUGCAUGUGUGGCAGGCGACUACUGUGUCAUCUGACCAGCUGAGGCAACCACUGAAUGCUGCAAUCAGUUGAUUACCUCCGUGGGGUCCAGAACUGAUCAGUUUGACCUUUACUUUCUUCUCAUAUAAAUAUGUCAGACUGAAAAGCAACACAUACAUAAAGAAUAAAACAGAGAUUGAGAUCAUAAAACCGAGUCAUUUUAAUGACAAGUGAAAACAAUGUUCAAAGAAACCCUUACAGUCAGUCAGUCAACAUGACGAGGAACAUUUAUGGAUUCAUCAAAUAAAAAAGUGGAUGUAACUGAAAAGGUUUAAAAAUACACCUCCUCCACACGAUACACUGUACGUGACGAAUACAAAUUUAACCUAAUGUUAACGUGUUAUAUGUACAUUGGCUCCUACAAGAGCAGCCUGUCAAAACCAUACAGCCCUGAUCACACUGGUCAAUACUCUCUUGUUUGAAGCUUUCCAUCAUGUUAAGUGUCACUGAUCAGAUGUUGUUCUGCUGCAUUUUACCUACGAGCAGUGACUAAGUCAUCUUGUUACAUGCUGGUUGUUGUCUCUCCAGAAGGUGCUUGUACAGUUUAUUAACUGCACAGCAGGUGGCAUAAUAAAUCAUUUUAUUCUUUAAGGAAAUAAU